UCUCUCUCUCUCUCUCAUACUUUCAGAAGCAACAACCAAAAAAAAAAAAAAAAAAAAAAAGGGCCGGACUAAAACAGCUCACACUCACAGUGAUUGGUUGUUAGUUCCGUUAAUUUCUUGCCCUAACUUUCACUGACCGUUCUUCUUCAUUGGUUUCAUCACCUACUCUCCCAAAAUUUUUACUUUUAUUUUUUAUUUUUAUGUUUUUUAUUGAAUGUGUUUUUGUCUGAGUACCUGAAUUUGUCUGUGCUCGUUGUGUAUUUGUUAAUGGCGAUGAAUCGAAUUAGUAAUGAUUGGAUUCUGUCUGUGUGAAGGUAAUCUGUAUUUGUAUUUGCACUUUUUGUUGACAAGGUGUUUGACCAAAGGCCAAUGAGAAAUGAGAGUUUGUGAAGUGGGUUUCAGGUAGUGUUUUGUGAAUAUUUGUGUUUUUUUGGGUGGAUUUCUUUCUUUUUCUUUUUUUUUUCUUUUUUUUUUUUUUUGGGUAAAUCAUGGGGGGAAAUAUGGAUAUUGCUUGUGGUUUUCGGCAACCAAAUGUGUUAUCUGGUACGGAAGGGACGAGUUAUAAGACAUUGGAUCGUUUUGAUUAUUCACGCAUGUUGUUUAGAAGUGGAAAUUUUAGUUGUAAGUUUUUGGCUAAUUCCAGAAUUCGUCUGAAAGCAUGUUUGGGGAAGAGGAACACGAAAGUCAUGCGCUCAAGUUUGGGUGGUGGGAGAGAGAAAUAUGAUGAUCAUCUGUGGCGCUUGAAUUCAAGAGCUGCGUUGGUUUUAAAAGGGCGUCGAGCAAUUUGGUCACAGUGUCAGGGUAAUGAUUCUUUAGCAUAUGUAAAUGGAAAUGGUGCAAACAUUGAGUUCUUGGACAGUGAAGAUGGAAGCUCAGGUGUAGGCCCCGCUAAUGAUUCUGAGUUGAGUGGUUCAAGAGGAAAAGAGGAACAAGAACAGAAAGAUGAAAUACCGACCGUGGAUGAAUUGAGGGAACUGCUGAAAAAGGCCAUGAGAGAAUUGGAAGUUGCGCAGAUUAAUAGUACCGUGUUUGAGGAAAAGGCUCAGAAAAUAUCAGAAGCGGCAAUAGCACUAAAGGAUGAAGCUACGAAUGCUUGGAAUGAUGUUAAUUCAACUCUCGAUACCAUUCAGCACAUUGUGAAUGAGGAGAGUGUUGCCAAAGAAGCUGUUCAGAGAGCAACAAUGGCUCUUUCAUUGGCAGAGGCAAGGCUUCAGGUGGGACUAGAAUCUUUAGAGCUUACAAAAGCUCCAGUGAGUGCAGAAGAAAGUGAUGGAGAAAGGGAUCUUAAAGAAGAGGAAAAAAAUCUUCUUUUUGAUGCUCAGGAAGAUAUUAGGGAAUGCCAGUUGAAUUUGGAAAAUUGUGAGGCAGAUUUGAGACGGUUGCAGUGUAAAAGGGAGGAGUUGCAGAAGGAAGUGGACAGGUUGAAUAAAAUUGCUGAGAAAGCACAGUUGGAUGCCUUAAAAGCGGAGGAGGAUGUAGCAAACAUAAUGCUUUUGGCUGAGCAAGCAGUUGCUUUUGAACUUGAGGCCACACAACGUGUGAAUGAUGCGGAAAUUGCGUUAAAGAGAGCAGAAAAAUCCCUCUCCACUUCUCAAGUGGAUACCGCUGAAACAAGUCAAGGACAAAUGUUGAGUAAUACAGCUGCCUUUGAGGAGGAGGAAAGAAUAAUUCAAGGAACUUCCGGCGAUAUUUCUGUUGAAUGGGAAAGAGAUGUAACAGCUGAAGGUGAUUCUUUGGUUCCCAAGGCUUUACCAGAUAGCAUACCAGAACAAACCAAACAAAGUUCCGAAGACUUCAAUCAAAUUGAUGACUUGAGUGAUAAUGAGAAUGUAAAGUUAAGUUUGGAGUCUUUGAAAGAAUCUGAAGUAGAAGAAGAGAAGUCUAGGAAUGCAGUUCAAACUAGAAAGCAGGAAGCUCAAAAGGAUUUGACUAGAGAGAAUACUCCCUCGAAUGCCCCGAAAGCAUUAUUGAAGAAAUCUUCUCGUUUCUUUUCUGCAUCUUUCUUCUCUUUUACUGUAGACGGUACCGAGUUGACACCAGCAUCAGUUUUCCACGGUGUUAUGGAGUCUUUGAGGAAGCAAUGGCCGAAGCUGAUUGUUGGGCUUUUGCUAUGUGGAGCAGGGUUAACCUUUUACACCAUCCGAGCUGAAAGGAGUAGUCUGCUGAUUCAACAGCCAGAUGUCAUAACCACCAGCAUUGAGGAAGUUUCGUCAAGUGCAAAGCCUGUAGUUCGAGAAUUGCAGAAGCUUCCUAAAAGAAUUAAAAAAUUAAUUGCAAUGCUUCCUCAUCAAGAGGUGAAUGAGGAAGAGGCGUCUCUCUUUGAUAUGCUGUGGUUAUUGCUGGCCAGUGUAAUAUUUGUUCCUAUAUUUCAGAAAAUUCCAGGAGGCAGUCCUGUUCUUGGGUAUUUGGCUGCUGGUAUCUUGAUUGGGCCGUAUGGCCUUUCUAUUAUUCGCCAUGUACAUGGAACGAAGGCAAUCGCUGAAUUUGGAGUCGUUUUCCUACUCUUCAAUAUUGGCCUUGAGCUUUCUGUUGAAAGAUUGAGUUCCAUGAAGAAAUACGUUUUUGGAUUAGGCACUGCUCAGGUUUUGGUGACAGCAGUGGUGGUUGGCUUGGUUGCUCAUUAUGUUUGUGGUUUGCCUGGUCCUGCUGCAAUUGUUAUUGGGAAUGGCUUGGCUUUAUCAUCCACUGCAGUUGUCUUGCAGGUUUUGCAAGAACGGGGUGAAAGCACAUCACGCCAUGGUCGUGCUACAUUUUCUGUCUUACUCUUCCAGGAUUUGGCUGUUGUGGUUCUGCUUAUACUUAUACCUCUUAUUUCACCAAAUUCAUCCAAAGGAGGGAUUGGUUUUCAAGCCAUUGCUGAAGCUCUUGGACUUGCUGCUGUAAAAGCAGUAGUUGCCAUCACAGCCAUCAUUGCUGGUGGACGAUUGCUGCUUCGACCAAUUUAUAAGCAAAUUGCAGAGAAUCAAAAUGCAGAAAUAUUCUCUGCCAACACAUUGUUUGUUAUUCUGGGGACUAGUCUCCUUACUGCCAGGGCUGGACUUUCCAUGGCAUUGGGAGCAUUUCUGGCUGGUUUGCUUCUUGCAGAAACUGAAUUUUCUUUACAGGUUGAAUCGGAUAUUGCUCCAUAUCGUGGCCUUUUAUUGGGUCUUUUUUUUAUGACGGUUGGAAUGUCCAUCGACCCCAAACUUCUUGUUUCAAACUUUCCCGUCAUUAGUGGAUCUUUGGCACUCUUAAUUGUUGGCAAGUCUCUCCUGGUUGCUUUGGUUGGUAGACUAUUUGGCAUUUCAAUCAUAUCUGCAAUAAGAGUUGGUCUUCUUCUUGCUCCGGGUGGAGAAUUUGCCUUUGUUGCUUUUGGUGAAGCUGUUAAUCAGGGUAUAAUGACUUCUCAACUUUCUUCUUUGCUGUUUCUUGUGGUGGGUAUUUCAAUGGCCCUCACACCGUGGCUAGCUGCUGGAGGCCAGUUAAUCGCAUCUCGUUUUGAGCUACAUGAUGUUCGAAGUUUAUUACCUGUUGAGAGUGAGACAGAUGAUUUGCAAGAUCAUAUUAUUCUUUGUGGAUUUGGACGAGUUGGCCAGAUAAUUGCUCAGCUUCUCUCAGAGCGCCUAAUUCCGUUUGUAGCUCUUGAUGUCAGGAGUGAUAGAGUGGCAAUGGGGCGUGCCUUGGACCUUCCUGUCUAUUUUGGAGAUGCUGGUAGUCGAGAGGUGCUCCACAAAGUUGGUGCAGAAAGAGCAUGUGCUGCAGCAAUAACAUUGGAUACACCGGGUGCAAAUUAUAGAACUGUUUGGGCCCUGAGCAAAUAUUUUCCCAAUGUAAAAACUUUUGUUCGAGCUCAUGAUGUUGAUCAUGGCCUUAAUUUGGAAAAGGCUGGGGCUACGGCGGUAGUUCCAGAAACGUUGGAACCAAGUCUACAGUUGGCAGCUGCUGUUCUUGCUCAGGCCAAACUACCAACAUCAGAGAUUGCAGCAACCAUCAAUGAAUUUAGGUCCCGCCACCUGGCCGAACUAACUGAGCUAUGUCAAGCGAGCGGAAGUUCUCUAGGCUAUGGAUUUUCAAAGGCCAUGAGUGGUAAACCCAAAAUUCAAUCCUCAGAUUCUUCAGAUGAUAAUCAAGUGCCUGAAGGAACACUGGCCAUAUAAAGCUUAUGUCAAAGUAGAAAGUAAAAAAAAUAAAAUAAUAACAAAAAAAA